CUCGCGCUCAGGCAGUGGCGCUGGGAGUCUCGCGGACGCGUUGCCGUUACUCGCAGUCGGGCGGCGGCGCAGGCAGCGGCGGCGGUAACCGCGCACAGCGCACCCCGCGCCUUCGCAGCCCCAGCAGCAGCCGCGGAGGCACCCCCGCCGUCACAAGCCCUGCGCUGGUGCAGCCUCCCGCGCUCCCUCGGCUCUUCCUCCCUUCGCUCGCACCAUGGCUGAUCAGCUCACCGAGGAACAGAUUGCUGAAUUCAAGGAAGCUUUCUCCCUAUUCGAUAAAGAUGGUGAUGGCACCAUCACAACAAAGGAGCUUGGGACUGUCAUGAGGUCACUGGGUCAAAACCCAACAGAAGCUGAAUUGCAGGAUAUGAUCAACGAAGUGGAUGCUGAUGGUAAUGGCACCAUUGACUUCCCAGAGUUUUUGACUAUGAUGGCUAGAAAAAUGAAAGACACAGAUAGCGAAGAAGAGAUCCGUGAGGCAUUUCGAGUCUUUGACAAGGAUGGGAAUGGUUAUAUCAGCGCAGCAGAACUACGCCAUGUCAUGACAAACUUGGGAGAAAAACUAACAGAUGAAGAAGUAGAUGAGAUGAUCAGAGAAGCAGAUAUCGAUGGAGACGGACAAGUCAACUAUGAAGAAUUCGUACAGAUGAUGACUGCAAAAUGAAGACCUUCUUUCAACAAUUUUCCCCCCUAGAAGAAUCAAAUUGAAUCUUUUACUUACCUCUUGCAAAAAAAAAAAAAAAAGAAAAAGAAAAAGUUCAUUUAUUCAUUCUGUUUCUAUAUAGCAAAACUGAAUGUCAAAAGUCCCUUCUGCCCACACACACACAAAUCUGCAUGUAUUGGUUGGUGGUCCUGUCCCCUAAAGAUGAAGCUACACAUGAGUUUUACAAUAUAAUACUUGUUCUACCUUAAUGAUAAGGAAGCACUUAGUGGAUUCCUUGCAGUUCCAUUUGCUAAUGAUGAAUACACUGUUUGGGCUGGCCAGUUUUUCAUGCAUGCAGCUUGACGAUUGAGCACAGUCAGGCAUUUGUAUUAAAGUCGAAAGAUGAAAAUAAUUAGAAACUUACUCCAAUGGGUUCUAGUUCAAUUUGUUAGUAUCAAUUGUCCUAGCUGGUUUACUGACAACAAGACACAUUUAAAAUUGCUUUACCUCAGGAUGAUGUGCAGAAAAUGGGUGAAGGGUGAGCCUGAGACGCAGCCCCGGUGGCGGGAAGGUCCUCUUGCCCUCCACGUGCUCCAGUCCACGGAGACGGUGACACCCUAGUGGCGUGCCUGGUCUGUUGGUUUUAGCGUUGUCUCCCUGGCACUAGAGUGAGGUGGGUGUCGGGCGUCCCCAAUCACACACGUUUUUAAGUAAGGCCUCUCUCCCCAGGCGCAUCCUUGGACUCUUGUUUCCAAAGCUUUCAGAACCGUGGCUUGGAGCCAGCAGAGCAGGCCGUGGCUCUCUCGCCUUGAGCACAAGCAUCAACAUUGCUGUUCAAGAAAUUGACAAUUUACGUCCAUUCCAAGUUGUAAAUGCUAGUCUUUUUUUUUUUUUUCCAAUAAAAAGACCAUUAACUUAAAGUGGUGUUAAAUGCUUUGUAAAGCUGAGAUCUACCGGGGGUCAAGGUAGUUAGAGGGAAGGCCCUCCGUGCAGUGCCGGGGGGUCUCCUCACCCGGUUCCUAGCACCAACCUCUGAGCCUAACAUCUUGCCUAAAAACAGCAGGUUGCUGGUUGCUUUAUUGUUUAUGGCCGUGUAAGUCUCGUUGCACUUUGGGGUGGAGGUGGCAGGUAAAGGAUGACACCUUGAAUGAUCUAGCCAGGUGGUCAAGCUCUCAAGGAAAAAAAUGCCACUUUGUGAAGCAUGUGUGUAGGGGUUAUUAUUGUGCUGCUGAUUACCUGUUUUAUGUAACUACUGAGACCAUCUGUGCAGGAGACAUGAUUGAGUGUGUAAUUCAAUCCUCACCCUGUGUGGUAGAAGCAGUACGCCUUUCCCAAGCUAGUCUCCAUGCCUAAAAGACACUACUGGUCACCUAGAUGCAAUUUUUAAUUUAUGAGUAGACUUCACCUUAGCCUCUCUUAGUUGUUGUUUUUUUUACUUGACUUUUACUUUUUUUUUUUUUUUUUUUUUAACUCCCAAGUGGAUCUAAUGCUAAGCCUGUGGCUUUAAAGGAAAACUCUAGCCCAGAAUGAAUUUCAUGUCUAAUUAUAAACCUGUAACCAAAACUUAAGACAUGCUGUUCUGGGGUGUGCAGUGGCACCAGUCCAUUUAAAAAGCCCCUUGACACGCACACUGCGUUGGGCAUGGAGCUCCUCCGGAAACCAAGGCUGGAGGUGGCGUUUUUCAGGGCGCUCAGUGCCCGUAUCUCCCAGGCGAGGCACUUGGGCUGCCGAGUGAAUGGGGGGAGGGGGGUUCACGUGCCCAGUGGCAGGUCGCUCGCGAGGCAGUGAGAAGCCCUUGGCAGCCAACGGGGUGCAAUUCAGGGCUGAUGAUUACAGAGACCCUCGGCUGCCCCGCCCCGCCCUCUCCUACUCCCUGUCUUUCUGGCAUUUUGUAGCUUGUUAGGUUUGCUGCCAGAGGGAUGGGUCAGAGCGGUGGAGAGGGCACGGUGCCUGGGUGCUGCUGCCAGUCCUUGGGGAGCGACUGCUAGAGGAGAGGUUGACACCAUGAGCUGUUGGCUUGGCAAAUACCUGAAUCCGCCAGGAACUAGUGAGAGGAAGGUGCUGAAGGCCCCUGGUAUGGAUGGUUCUUGCUGGGGGGCGGGGGGGGGGGGAGAGGGGAGAAGGGAGUCCAAAGACCAAGGUAUGGACUGAGCCUUCAGCUUGGGAUUGGGAUGGGAGGGGGUGAUAGCUUAUUUUUGAAGCCCUCCCUCCUAGCUUGCCCUCUCUACCCAUGUGUUAGCAGGAUUGUGUGACCAGGAUUCUACAUGGGAACCAGAAACCCUACCCCCUACCCUGGGAGUACCAAGUUGUGCUGUGAAGCCCAAGGUGAGACCCAGCCCUUUAGCCAGCCGCCCCCGCACCCCCCCCUCCCCGCCCCGCACCCCGGGGCGGACGGCUGCACUGGGAAAGAGCUUGGGUGUCUUGGCACAGCACCCUUGAAGUUGGGUAGCACCUUCUUGAAAACUUGCCCCUACUUCUAACUACUCUAUAAAUAUAUACAUAUAUUUAUAUAUAUAUAUAUAAAGUGACUAGUUUAACUCGUGUCUUGCUUUUAGCCUGAGACUUGCCAUAAGAAACUGCUGAGUCCUUGGCAAACCCUCUCUUAGUUUGGUUCUCCAUCAGUUUCGGGGGAGGCAAAGCAAGGCAAAUGGGCCUCCAUUCUUCUGAUGGGCUUUCAUGCACUGUUACCAGAAAAGGCUUUUUCUGAGUUUUUGGUUUUGUUUUGUUUUUUUUUUUGACAAAAACUUUUGCAUACUAACUGGUGUCUUUCGGCGACUUCAACACAUUGAAGAUGAGCUGUUGUACAUAUUUUUAUAUUCUCUUUAUAAAUGCAUGUCCCACUGUACUUGUAACUAUCGUAAGGAAUGGCUGUCCCUGUAGGCCUAGCACUGCUGUUUCAUGAGAGGAAUCACAUAUUAUUAGCCCCUCAGCAUCUUGAGAACUUCUUCCUGAACAAAGAAUGUCGAUUUGGUCAAGUCUACUCUUGAGUUUCUUCAAUUCUUGGAACCAUUUCAAUUAUUUAUUGUAUAUCCUGAAUAUAUUUCCCCUUUGCGCAGUGACUAGAUUUCCACUAAUGUGUCUUAUUAUUCUAUCCCUACAGCUGGCAGAGGUUUUUUUUUUUUUUUUUGGUUGUUGUUGUUUGUUUUUUUAAUCCCUUGAAGUUGUCCCAUAGGAGACAGAUUUUGCUGUCUAUCCCUUGGAGUAAGAAGGUAGUGGCAUGGGGUGGAGUGUGUGUUUUCUCCAAAUCCAUGAUAAUGUUCUUUCAACACUUCUGUAGCAAAGAUGGUGGAGAGUCUUUUGUUACUGAAGUUACCUUUCACCGUGGCUCUUGGAAAAAAGGAGAUGUACUUGGAACGUUUCUGUAAAUCUUGAGAUCAACUGUUUGGAGAUUUAACCACCUCCUCUGAUGGGGGACCAACUCUAUGGAAAUUGUAAAUAAGUUUUAUUUAUAAACCUGGCACUGUAUUCAAUAAACAUUUCUGCAGCCUUUCAUCUCUAA